GGCGGCCACCACUCCUAUAAACCUCGCCUCCCUCCAAGCCGUGCUUUCCCCCCGCGAGAUCCUGAGGCAGCGAUGCCGGGGCGGCGGGCGAUCGAGGUCCGGCUGCAGCCGGGCGCCGCCGGCGACGCCUCGGCGCCGCCCAAGUGGCGCAUGUCGCUGCUGGAGAACACGUUCGCCGGGUUCCUGCAGGGCGCCGGCGCCGACGCCGCGGCGAGGGCCGUGUUCGCGGAGGGGUCCCUGUUCAGCCCCUUCCUGUUCGGCAAGUUUUUCGACCCCGCCGACGCGUUCCCGCUGUGGGAGUUCGAGCCCGAGGUGCUGCUCGCCGCGCUCCGGCGCAGCGCCGCCAGGACAACCGUCGACUGGGCCGAGACCGACGCCGAGUACUACCUCAGGGCUGACAUACCAGGUGGCAGGAAAUGCGACGUGGAGGUGAGCGGGGACGCGAUGAAGGUGAUCGACAUCAGCGGGCUGUGGCGGGUGCCGCCGGCCGACGGCCGGGACUGGCGCGCCGGCCGGUGGUGGGAGCAUGGUUUCGUCCGGCGCGUGGAGCUGCCAGAGGACGCGGAGUGGAGGAAAGUGGAGGCCUACUUCGACGACGGCGAGGGGUCCCUGGAGAUAAAGGUUCCCAAGGCCGUCGAUGCCCACCAGGCCACCGCCUGAGGCUGAGUGAGAAUCCGAACCUGGCCGCCCAUUGGAGGAGAGCAUUAUUCUUCGAGCAGUCGACAGAAAUGGAAAACGAUGGCAUAAUCUUUGAUUAAAAAAAUUUGCAAGAUAAGGAGACGGGAGAAAAGAGCAGACUAAGAUCAUCGCAUGUUGCAUAUAUGCGUCAUCGGUUAAUCCAUGUCCCUGAAACGAUGUAUGUAAUAUGUUCUUCAGUGCCAACUGUGGAAUUGACUAGCUAAUUUGCAGAGUGUCACUGUCGCUUGGGUCGUCGUCGUUCAAAUGCAGCA